GCUUGCUUGGGCGUUCCCCAUUUCAAUUCGGUUAAUGCAAGCUAUGGACGGCCCAAGAAUGGCAGGGAUUGUCAAUGACGUAAUGGAAGGAAUUCAGGAGGAAAUGCUUGCCGCAAUGUCCAGUCAUAUACGCAAUGCUGCUGCAGCCUGCGGAGAUGUUUGUGCAGCUCGACUUCGCAUGCUGCAAACAGCGCUGUCCCGCCAUUUAGAUGAGGCUAGAAGACAGCAGAUGAUUGGUGGAGCGCCGUUGACUCCAGGCUUUGCUGCAGCACAACAGGUGCUGAACGGGCCGGUGGAUACAAAACGUGUUGCCAUCAGGCAAAUCCGUGCAAAGCUGGAAUCACAGGGCGACACACCAGCGAGCUUUCUACGGGCUCGAUCAGUGGCUGCAAACCAGGGCCUUCUAAGCCGUGAUGAGUUUGUGGCGUGUAUUGCUUCUCUCAAUCUCUCCAUCAGUCACGCUGAUAUUCUUGAAAUCUUUGCUUCUGCAGUUGGAAGCACUGAUCGAGACACUGCUAUUUUGGACGAGAUAACGCAGGCUUUGGACUCCGUGCCGCUCGGGGGCUCUGCUGGAGGUUGCGCCGCUGCAACUUUACUGAGCCCUGAGGCAGAGCGAGUAGUUGGACGCGUGCGGAGUGCCGUGGGAAGAUCUGGUCGUCCUUUCGAGGAAGUCUUCAGAGGAUUCUGCAGGUCUGGUGGCCGUGGGGCUGUGACCAUGAAUCGAGCUGACUUGGCCAGGGUCUUGUCAACUUUUGAGCCAGACAUCGACCCUGAGGUGGUGGCUCGAUUGUGGCGGCUCACUGUGCCAGAUGGAGCUCAGGGCCUUGACUUCAGCAACUUCUGCGCGUGGUUCUGUCCUGGUGGCCGUGCAUUGUCUGGACAAGUCUCAGCUGUGACGCCUAUCGGGGGCUUGAGCGAGUCACAAAUGCUGUCCACCUUAUUGGAGAAGAGUGGAAUGUCAAGAUCCCCUUCGCCAAUGUCUGCUUCAAUGCCAAACUUGUGUCACCUUGGCUUCGACCAGCUUCCAGUGUCACCGGGAGCUCGAAUGUCCAGUACAUUGACUCCAGAGCAGCUGUUGUCCGCUGACUGGCGGCAGGACAGGCCAAGAAAUGCAUGGCCAACUUGGCCAGCACUGGAGGUAGGCUGUACCCAGCCUCCACCUUCUGCACGACUCUCUCCGUUGUUGCAAGAUGACUUUCCCGCAAUGGCCUGUCUCAGCAGGUUGAAUGGCUAUCUUGCAGCGAAAGGGCUUACCUUGAACUUUGCCUUCGUUCUGUAUGACACCCACAUGGAGCAGGCUGUUACGCAAGAAGGCUUCAUGUCUGCCAUCGAACAUCACGGGUUCCCCAUCUCCAAAGCUGAGGCCGAGGCAAUCUUCACCCGACUGGCACGGAGAAAGGCAAAUCAGGUCUUGUGCUUGUACUUCGAGGAUCUGCAAAGCUGCAUUGCAAGCUUGCCCAAUCCCCUCCCUCAGGUCCAAUGGGGAAAGGACUUGAUCAAAUCCGUGGACAAGAUCACUCGAUCACAAGGAACGCCCUUGGAGACUUUGUUUAGACACCUUGGAACUGAUUCUGUUACAGAGUGGGAUGUGAGAGCAAUUCUGUCGAGAUACUCACCUUUGAGCUCGGCUCAAUGGGCAAAUCUGCUUCCACUCCUAGAUAAGAAUUCUGAUGGGACAGUGCCUUGGCAGUCUGUGUUGAAGUGGGCUGGAUUGGAUGGAGUACCAGGAGUGCCGAACGGAGCAGUUCCAGCUCCUGUUGCGCCAGCACCAGCAGUGCCUGUGCCUGCAGCUCCAGCUGUGCCAGCGGUGCCAGCUCAGCCGGUUUCUUCACCGCCUCCCCCAACUCCGCCUGUUGUGAGACCUGCUACGAUGCCGGCUGUGCCAGUUGGCCCAGCUUCUUCGUUGUCUCCGCCUGCUCCUCCACCGGCACCUGCUGUCGCACCUCUGGCAAGACCAUUGGCUCCAAUCGCACCUUUGACUUCGCCGCCGCCACCUCUUGGUAGUAGAGUACCUCCACCUAUGCCACCUGUGUCGGCUCAUGCAGUUGGAGUUCCACCUCCACCAGGACCACCUGGACCACUAGCUCCGGUGUCAUCUCCAUUGGCACGGCCAUUUCCACCUGCAUUGAGAAGCUGAAUUUUAAUUCUGUGCGAAUAAA